CGGUAAUGCACGCCACAAGGUUGCUUGUCAGCCGUCAUUAAACCACAGAAGAAGAAGUGACAGCGGUCAGAAAAAGAAGAAGAAGAUGAUAAUAAAGAAGAUGAAACCCGACGAAAAUCCUGUGUUCUGAUAAACACCAAUACAGCAUCAUGGAAAUUGAAAGCCGUGUGUGUCGGCAGCAGCGACUGAGUGAGUCAUCCAAGGUGUUCUUGUGUGCCAAUCAAGCAGUGGAAUUGUUGCAGGGGCUCAAUGAGCAGCGACAACACAGCCACCUGUGUGAUGUGGUGCUGGCGGCUGACAAGCAGCCUCUUCACGCUCACAGAGCCCUGCUGGCUGUCUGCAGCCCUUACUUUCAUGCUAUGUUCACUUUGGGCAUGAGAGAGAAGCAACAACCACAGGUGCAGCUUUUUGGUUUGUCGUACGUUGGUCUGAAGACAGUCCUGGACUUCUUUUAUACUGGAGAGCUUCCAUUGGACGGCGGGAAUAUUGAAUAUGUGCUACAAGCUGCUCAUCACUUACAGGUAUGGAAAGUGGUAGAUCUCUGCUGCCAGUAUCUGCAGCAGGAGGUGAGCGAGGAGAACUACUUGUACCUGCAGGAGUUGGCUCAGCUCUACAGUCUACAGCGACUUGACGCCUCCAUCGAUGACUUCCUCCUCAAACAUUUUGCUACCCUCUCCUUCACCACAAACUUUCUUCGUGACAUUCCUUUGCACAAGCUAACUGCUUACCUCUCCAGUAACCAAGUUUGUCACCACGAUGAGCAGGAGCUGUUUCAGACUAUUCUACGUUGGCUCGCUCAAACUCUUGAGCGGAAAAUCCAUGCCAAACAGCUCCUGUCCCACAUUCGCUUUCCGCUGAUGCCGGUGGAGUACCUGGUCGACCAGGUGCUGCCGACACUGCAAACACUUUUUCCAGCGGAGGCCAGUUGCAAGGCCAUGGUGGAGGAAGCCUUGGAGUACUAUCGAAGUACAAGCGAGCAGCCGAUUCGGCAAACAGGACGCACUAUGCUGAGGGGAGGAGUGGAAUGCUUGUUGCUGAUUGGUGGAGAGGUGUCAGAGCGAGGAGAGGAGCUCAGUGCUAACGUUUGCCGGCUGAAUGGUGAUUGUUGGGAGACAGAAACUGAACUUCCUACUCAGCAAAGCCACCACUGCCUGGCUGUGCUCGGAGGCUUUGUCUUUGUUGCAGGUGGAAGUUUGUCCACCUCCAACGUUGGAGAUGCUGCGUGUAACUUGCUGUACAGAUACGAUCCUCGCCACAACAAAUGGACCAAGGGAGCUUCGAUGAAUGAACCCCGGGUAAACUUUUACCUGGCGGCAGUGGGAGAAUGCUUGAUCGCUGUGGGUGGAAGAAAUGCCUUUGGAGCGUUGUCUUCUGUGGAGCGAUACUGUCCUGCUGAAGACCGCUGGUCCUAUGUAGCAGGACUGCCAAGGUUGACGUACGGCCAUGCCGGCACCUUGCAUCACGGUGUGGUCUACAUUUCCGGCGGACAUGAUUGUCAGAUCGGACCGUUUCGCAAAGAUGUCCUGUGCUAUGAUCCAUUGGCGGAUGGCGACGUGUGGGUGGAAUGCCAACCCAUGGCGCUGGCUCGGUGCUGGCACUGCAUGGCCUCCCUCAAGAAUCUAAUCUACGCCAUCGGAGGCAGCAACGACCACGAGGAUACCAGUGAGCGAUUUGACAUUCUGCAGGUGGAGUCCUACAACACACACAGCCAACAAUGGACUCAUGUGGCACCCCUUCUGUUGCCAAACAGUGAGGCGGCCCUGGCGGUGUGGGCCGAGAGGAUUUAUGUGCUGGGCGGUUACAGCUGGGAGAAAAUGAACUUCUCUGGGACCACUCAAGUGUACAAUCCUGAUGAAGAUGUGUGGUCCACAGGGCCUGACUUGCCUAAACGCAUCGCAGGCUCCUCAGCUUGUGUGUGCGCCAUUAAAGCUCCUUUUACAUCUCUGAAUCCAGAAGGGAUCAAAAGUUGACAAGUGGGCCCCAUCAUGUCCAAUUAUGUUAAGAUGUGAACAUCAAAUCUUUAAUAUUAGAUUAGAACAUAUAUAUAUUCUUUUUUCACUGCUUGCCUUUUCGUGAACAUACAUUCCAGAAAAACGUAAAAAAGUGGAAAGUUGAAAUGUUGAUCAUACAUACGACUGGUUCAUGUUGACAAGUUGUCGACAUUACCAAACUAUUUAUUGCUUGCAGAUUUACGUACUUUUCGGAAAGAACUUGAUUGUUGAUUUUUUUCUUCAUUCUUGCAUCCAGAAUCCAGGCUAAUAUUGCUAUGCUUCUAUUUUGAAGUUGACUUUUCGCUGAACAGGAAGUUACAGUAGCAGUAGCCCAGGGUGACGGUUCAAUUCCUGCUGCUGACCAAAAAAGUACAUUGCAGCUUGUUAGAGAGAUGCUAGGUUGUAUCUUCAAGUGCUACAGGUACUUUUGAAUUACAACUUUGGCACUUAUUCUUUCAGUUUUGUGGCAACUACUGAACACAUCACGGUUACACAGCAAAAAUUGUGGAGUGGAAACACAGGAGUUGCUUUAUAAAAAUAUAAAAACUACAAAAUGAAGACAGUCAAAAUAUUAAUGAUGUACACUUGUUCUAAAAGUAAAUAAAAAUAUAUACAUUUACCUGUAAAAAAAUUCAGAAUAUUUAUUCCAUAUUAGGGAUGGGUACCUAAUUCAGUACAUUAUUCUGUCAGUUUUACCGGGUAUCGAUUUACAUUAAAUCAAACGAUACCAUAUUGUCAUACCUUUGUUGCAAGUAGGGAUGUCCGAUAAUGGCUUUUUGCCAAUAUCCGAUAUUCCGAUAUUGUCCAACUCUUUAAUUACCUAUACCAAUAUCAACCGAUAUAAAUUGAUACCGAAAUAUACAGUCGUGGAAUCAACACAUUAUUAUGCCUAAUUUGGACAACCAGGUAUGGGGAAGAUAAGGUCCUUUUUAAAAAUAAUAAUAAGAUAAAUAAAUAAAAAACAUUUUCUUGAAUAAAAAAGAAAGUAAAACAAUAUAAAAACAGUUACAUAGAAACUAGUAAUUAAUGAAAAGUAGUCAAAUUAACUGUUAAAGGUUAGUACUAUUAGUGGACCAGCAGCACGCACAAUCAUGUGUGCUUACGGACUGUAUCCCUUGCAGACUGUAUUGAUAUAUAAUGUAGGAACCAGAAUAUUAAUAACAGAAAGAAACAACCCUUUGGUGGGAAUGAGUGUAAAUGGGGGAGGGAAGUUUUUUGGGUUGGUGCACUAAUUGUAAGUGUAUCUUGUGUUUUUUAUGUUGAUUUAAUAAAAAAUAAAAUAAUCAUUUUAAAAAAACGAUACCGAUAAUAAAAAAAUCAAUACCGAUAAUUUCCGAUAUUACAUUUUAAAGCAUUCAUCGGCCGAUAAUAUCGGCAGACCGAUAUUAUCAGACAUCUCUAGUUCCAAGUGAUGUCUUGUCUGGUUGCAGACUCAAAUUUAAAAACUUUCAAGAAAUAAGACAUUUUCUCUUUGGCAUUCAUCGAAGGCGGACACUUUCCCCUCCUCCUUGCCUCUCCUGCUUGCUUCUUUGUUUUGUCUUGUCUUAACUUUCUUGUAUCCUCUUUUUGCACUGCUCUCCAAAUUGAAUUGAUCAACUAGUCACUCAAUGAACUUGACAAGAUCUCUGGGUUCGGGGGGACCUGCUUGUCCUGGGGAACCAGUUGUUGCUAGACACACAGACUUGUGGGAGAAGCAGAGUGCCGCGCGCAUGGCGACCCUUUCAUUCGAGGACAAUGAAGAUAUCUACCGUUUCGGAAUCAUGAUAAUAGAACAUCUGCUGAUUGGAGUAAGCGUUGCCCUGGUUUAUCGACAAAUUAAAAGAUGCUGGCAGCUGUUCAAAGUACCCUAAAGCUGCCACAAAUGAUUGAAGGAUGCGAGCAGAACUCUGGGUACUCUUGACUUUUUGGGAUCUAAAUCGCAAACUGGACAACAGCUUGGAGACGCCAUCUGCUCCGCAUGGCGAAGUAUGAUGAAUUUAAGGACCAGAAAUAGACAUAGUGAAACGUUUAAAUUAGUUUUUGCUUGCUCAAACACAAACAUUCUAAUCUGGAUUAUUUUCCCUGGCUGCAAGUGACAUGGCUUUGAGACCUCCCUAAAGGACAGAGCAGUGAAGACACAACAAAUUCCUUCCUUGUCGCUCACACCUGUUGUUUUUUUACUUUUGUUGGACUGACUGGCUGUUAUAGAGAUUGCAGCAGAAAAUACACAGAAAAUACACGUCACACGAACCCAUAUCCCAGGCUUUCGAUGCUUCACCCCAUGUGGUAUGAUGGAAAACGGAGCAUCGCCCCUAGUGGCUGGCAGCUUCGGGCCUGAUGCCUGCCCCCUAACUCGAGGUGGCAAGCCUCGAGUUGUAUGUCAUAAAAUGUAUAUGUGCUUUGCUAUAGAGUGUUUUUCCUGAUCUUUAACUACCACCAAGCUGCUUGCUUUUUUCACCUCUUCUUCCCCCCAUGUUUAUCAUUUUCCCCACCUUUUACGGCGUGCCACCCUAACGCGGACCUAUCAGCGUUCCUGUUCUGUCACAAUGUACAUACCGUAUUUUCCGGACCAUAGGGCGCACCGGAUUAUAAGGCGCACUGCCGAUGAAUGGUCUAUUAUUGAUCUUUUUUUAAAAUAAAUUAGGCGCAUUAAAUGAGUCAUAUUGUUAUAAUUUUUUUCGAAAUGUAAAACACUUCCUUGUGGUUUACAUAACAUGUAAUGGUGGUUCUUUGGUCAAAAUGUUGCAUAGAUUAUGUUUUACAGAUCAUCUUCAAGCCGCUUUCUGACAGUCGCUUCCGGAUGCACCGUUAUGUGGGCGGUCUUAUUAACGUGGCUCGCCUUCGACAGCGUCUUCUCCCUGUCAUCUUAGUUGUAGCGGUGUAGCGUGCAAGGACGGGAGUGGAAGAAGUGUCAAAAGAUGGAGCUAACUGUUUUAAUAACAUUCAGACUUUACUUAAAUCAAUAUCAGAGCCGCAUCUCCUCAUCUGAAAACAACCACACUGGAAAUGUGUCCUGUGAAAAACCGUCCAACCGGAAUUCUAAUAAAAUUCCUUAAGUGAAUAAUCUAAACUCACUAUACCGGUAAGUUUUAGCGCUUUCAUGGCGAGUUUACUGACAGAUAUAAGUAAGAACUUUACACUACUUUAUAUUAGAAAUGGCAACAGCGGAGGAUGAAUGUACCAUAACAAGAAGAUAGAGAAAAAGAAGAAGCUUAUCGACUACGGGGUCGUCCUGGACUACAAAGGCGGAAGCGCACAAUUUUUCAGGAUUUACGCAGAUCCCAAAUACAGAUCAGCAGGUACCAGAAGGUAAGAAAAGUUGCUUUUGCAUAAUAUUGCGAAACAAAACGCCAGAUAAUGUCUUACCUUAUACACACAUAAUAAUAAUACUUGUAUGUUUAAUGCGCCGACAAUCCAUCAAGCGGUGCGGCUUCAUAGCUUACCAAAGUCGUACUAAAACAUUUUGAUAGAUUUUUGAGCGCCGUGUGUAAUGUUCUAUAUUUUAUGGAACAUUUAAAAUGUUGGUGUUGUUUACUUGAGACCCAUCAUAGUGCAGGCUACACUUAUCUCUUAUGUUUGACUGCCAUCUACUGGUCGCACUUAUCAUUACACUAUGUACCCAUGAUGUUAUGAUGACUCAAAACUGGUUGAACUUAAUGAAUAAUUUGUUAGAAUGCAAACUGCUUAGAUCAGUGGUCCCCAACCAGCGGUCUGGGGUCCGGUACCGGUCCGUGAUGCAUUUGCUACAGGGCCGCACAGAAACAUUCAUUUAUAAACGAUCGCAUUUUCGGCGGCUUAACUUUCGCCUGUCCCAUUAGACACACCACAAAGCAUGUUCUUCGAUGUAUAAUAUGCUCUAGCUUCUGAUAGGAAGUCACUAUUUGUUAUAUCUUUGUUACAAUGAGACAAUACACAAUAAUGAACAUUUAGCAUGUAGUAUAUACAUCAACCUGCCGUGGACCAUCGCAAAGAAACAAGCCCAGGGCUCUCACUAAUUCAGUGUUGUGGUAAAUUGUAUUUUUCAUGCACUUAUUUUUGCUGUAUUUAUCUACCACACGUGAAAAGCCGGUCCGUGGAAAUAUUGCCUCCAUUAAACCAGUUCCUGGUGCCGAAAAGGUUGGGGACACUUGGCCUUAGAUAAAUCAAGUCUUGCACCGCAAAUCAUCUUUUUUACAUCCCAAUGGUGUCCAGGGGAAAACUGGACCACCAAAGUACCAUAUAUAAACAAAUAUAAGAGAAUUAAUGUACUGUUUGGUUCAGGCAAAUCAAAUAUUUAAUAACCAAACACUGGUUUGUAUUCUAUGGUUGAUGUAUGAAAUAUGUUAGCAAGUGUUUCUUUUUUACUUAUUAGUUUGUCACAUUGUGUUUUGUGGCAGUUUUGUGUUUAGCUUCAGAGCAUAUUGUUUUUUAUUCUAGUUUUCUUUGGAUAUAUUUUUGACUUAUUUUAGAUGAAGAAAAUUGUAAGUACAAAUGUCACUAUCAAAGUUAUAACUUUACAGAAUGUUUACAAUGAAAACACAAGUCAAAUACAAUUUAAGCGUUCACCUACUGUAUUUCAGAAUAAUGUGUGUAAUUUUGAAAUAUUCUGAUCCAGUCUAACUACUGUAGUAAAUUUUUUCCCAUGAUGGAUCCUUGGGGAUUUCAGGGGUCCUUUGGUUGCCAUAUUGAGUAAUUCCCAGCAAGCAGUUGUUUACGUUUUGCUUUGUUACACUAUAACUAAAAGGAUGGAGAUAGUUCACUGGCAUGGACCCAUUCCCUUUUCGCAGUUAUUUGCAGAUUAGAAGAAAUUAGUUUCAAACAAACAUUUUCUAGUGAGAGGAGGAAUUUUCCUUAUUUCAUAUGCAAAUGUUGACAGCAAUGAAAAGAGCGUCAAAUGGCGCGUCAACAUUCUUAAGAAAUAUAUUCCAAUACAAAAAUACCAAUAGAAAUAGUACUGUUGAUAAUGAAUAAUACAAUAAUCACCUCUAUUAUCAACAAUACAAUCGUUUCAAAUGUAACAAUACAUAUAUGUAAUGAUAACUUGAAAUACAAAAGAAAGCAGAUAAAUGGAGGGGAAGAAAGAGAAGCGAACUGUAUUAACCUUGUAGAUUGUUAUAGUAACAAUAGGUUAAGCUUUGUCAGUGUACCGUGUUUUUCCCCAAGGGGAACAACAUUACUGUAUGUUUGAUGAAACGCGAUUAUAUACAUGAGUGUAUGUAUGCAUAUGUGCUUGUAUAUGUACUGUAUAUGUAUGUUUGUACAGUGAUGUAUAUGUACAGUAUGUGUAUAUGUAUGUUUGUACAUUGAAGGUGCGUGUGGAUGUAUGUGGGAGCGUAGGA